CCCUCUUCAACUUCCCCUCUACAGAACAUUGCUCGCCAUGAAGUUCGCUCUCUUUGCCCUUUCUACCCUCACGGCCUCCCUUGCAGCCGCAUACCCCAUCACCGGCAACGAUGUUAAGUGCCGCUCUGGCCCAGGCACCAGCUAUGCGGUCAAGAAGGUAUUGAAGAAGGGCACCGAUGUUAAAAUCACCUGCCAGACCGAGGGCACCAACAUCAGCGGGAAUACCAUCUGGGAUAAAAUCUCAGAUGGCUGCUAUGUCUCGGACUACUACGUCAAGACAGGCUCUAGUGGAUACAUCAAGCCCAAGUGCGGCGGAGGUUGCUCUGCGCCAUCGUCUAACCAGGCUACCGUGGACCUGAUUGGCGAGUUUGAGGGUUUCGUUCCCCAUAUCUACAAGGACGCUGCUGGUUAUCCUACCGUAGGCUACGGCCAUCUCUGCUCGAACUCCAAGUGCACUGAUGUUAAAUAUGCAAUUCCCCUUUCAAAGGCCAACGGCAAGAAGCUUCUCGCGGAUGACAUGAGAAAAUUCGAGAAAUGCAUCGCCCAAAUGGUCAGCAGCAAAGUCACCCUCAACAAGAACCAAUUCGGGGCCCUGGUUAGUUGGUCCUUCAACCUUGGUUGCGGUGCCGCCGAGGGGUCGCAGCUCCUGAAGCGUCUCAAUAAGGGUGAGAAGCCCAACACUGUGAUUUCUCAGGAGCUGCCCAAGUGGGUUUAUGCAGGCGGGAGGAAGCUCCCAGGCCUUGUCCGUCGGCGUAACGCGGAGGUUGCUUUGGCUAAGAAAGCGACGAGCGAGAAGGCGCUUCCUGUGAAGUGCUAGAUGCCUUUUUCUUUUUUUUACCGCAAUACGGAGCAGCGAUCAUGGGUUAAAUGUGCGAUUUAUUCCCGGAAGAAAGUCACUUAUUUAUCUAAAUACUUGCUGCGA